AUGAAUGCAACUUCUUUGAUGACCAUGACCGAGUUAUCUAUUUUAAUUCUAUUUCCAACACUUUAUUCCUACAUAACCGCUGUUCUUUUAUUAAUUGCACUUCAACAUCAAGUGGAAGUUGCGUUUACUACCAAAUUGACAAGAAUAGUUCAAUUGUUCAACGCAAAUUCUGUUGUACAAAAUGCAAAGGUCAAGGAGAAGGCCAAAUUUCAUAUACAAAAGUUGACACAGAUAACAUAA